AUGUUCGGCACGACCGGCGAGGUGAAGCAGAACAACCUGCCCGUGGUCUUCUUCGACGUCGCCGCGUCGACCCUGCCCCUGGGGCGCAUCGUCGUCGAGCUGCGGGCCGACGUCUGCCCGUUGACCUGCGAGAACUUCCGCGCGCUCUGCACGGGCGAGAAGGGCACGGGCCGCAACCGCAAGGCGCUGCACUACAAGGGCAGCCGCAUCCACCGCGUCGUGCCCAACUUCAUGGUCCAGGGCGGCGACUUCACGCGGAACAACGGCACGGGCGGCGAGUCCAUCUUCGGCAUGAAGUUCGCCGACGAGAACUUCCACCUCAAGCACGGCGGCGCGGGCGUGCUGUCCAUGGCGAACGCGGGCCCGAACACGAACGGCUCGCAGUUCUUCCUCUGCACGGCCGCCGCGCCCUGGCUCGACGGCAAGCACGUCGUCUUCGGCCAGGUCGUCCGGGGCAUGGACGUCCUCAAGCAGGUCGAGAUGCUCGGCAACCCCGACGGCACGCCCAGCGAGCCCAUCACCAUCAUCGAGUGCGGCCAGCUCGCGUGA